AUGGGCAUCAUCGAGAAAGUCUAUGACGGAACACCGGUGGGCAAUCUCAUGAGGAAGCUCCUCGUUGACCUGCACACCAUCCACGAGUUCCUGUACGACCUCUCGAUUCGUCUGAUGGAGGAGAGGAAAAUCCCAGGGAAGAAGUUGGUGGAUGCGGAUUAUCAUGAGAAAUAG